UAAUGCAUUAACAUUUUUGAAAUAAUUUCAGAGUAUAAGCAUGACAACUCUAGACAGACUGCGCUUUUUAUUAACUUCUCACGGAUAUAAACAUGCAAACAAAUUCAUAUCAAACGGACAAGGUGUUAACAUUACCUCACAUUCAUGUGUCUCUCCACCACGACCUCUCAGCUUUCACAGUAAGGACAUAAAGGAGGUUUUUCAUCGUACAGCAGCCAAAGGACACUUGACACUGACCUGCAGUCAGCUGUCAAAGUGUUUCUGCACUGUUUCAGUCAAUAGACUCUGUUGGAACUGUGGAUCAACUGUGGAAUUAUUCUUCUGUUCAUCCUUUAAAGUGAUCCAACCUCCUGAUGAUGACAAUACUAAUUAUUUUGACAUCAUGAACUGCUGCAUAUGUUUCCUUUUCCUUAGUGAACAAACAUUUUCUUUGGACACCCACAAACUUCAGAAAAGAUAUGUGGAGCUUCAAAGAUCUCUUCAUCCUGACAACUUCAGCCAGAAAUCAUUGAAAGAGCAGGAAUAUUCAGAAAGACAAUCAGCACUGGUGAACAAAGCCUACAGAAUGCUACAGAAACCCUUGAGUCGGGCUGUCUACAUGGAAAUGGGCCCAGAGCAACAUAGAGACAUGGGGCCCAGAUUACCCUGCUACGGCCCUGAAUGGCUUGUAGAUAGUUCUGUUUCUCUCCCUCUCCUCCCUGGGGUUUUUCAACAACACUUUGAUUUCGAUUUUUAUCUGCAACAAGCCAACAUUUUAAGAAAAAGCGUUCUUAUUUAGAAUAUUAGUAUCAAUGUUAUGUUCUUAGGCUGCUGCUUUGUUGUGGAAUAAUGCAAGGACACCACAUGUUAUGUCAGCAUGUUUGUGUUUGAAUUGAAUAAUAAUAAAAAAAAUUUAAAAAAAAAGUAAGAACUGCCCCACCUGUGUCUGUGGUGACGAGCCACUAUUGGAAGUAACCCUAUGAAAACUUCUUGAUAUUCGUGACUCAAAAUUCAAGAUAUUUAAAAAAAAAAAAAAAAAAAAUAAGAAAUUGAAAACUGAUAUGUUUAUGAUUAAUGAUUGUGUACACUAAUUUUUGAAGUCAUUCAUUCAUUUUUUUUUUUUUUUGGUGUGGAGAAAAUGCUAUUAAUGUUUUUCAAAAAUGUAUCAAACCAACAUGGACACAAAGAGUACAUUUCUAUGAACUUGUUACAUGUGUUAAAUUUUUAUAAUCUUGGGCAACCUAACAUGGCAAAGACCUAUAUUUACUGUAUUUUUGCUGUUUAAACAAUGGGAUCCAAAAGUCUGUAACCACUAGUGAACAUUUUUCAAUUUUGCAUUUUUUCAGUACAAAGUUUUUCAUUACAAAUUACAUUAUCAACAAAGCAAUUUAAAAAAAAAAAAAAUUGACAAUUUCAGAAUUUCUUAGUAUUUGGUAUGUCUGACAGCAUGCAUUUGAGCAGACAUGGACUCCACAAGUUUGUGUAAAAUCUGAUGAUCCAUUUUAUCCAGCGUGAUUUGAGAAUGUUCCAAAGAGCAUCUUGUGUAAGGAACAAUGGGGCAAAAGGCUCCGUGGGGUAAAAGGCUACUUUGAUUUUAUUUUCUCCCAAAACACUAAAUAGCAUCAAAAACCACCUCAGUACUUUCCUAAACACACGUUUGUCACUAUGACAUUUUUUCCUCUUCAGUUAGAUCAUUGCAUGUACUGUCUAAAGGUUGAUUUAGAGGCAAUUUGAUCUAAUAUCUAAUAUUAUUUUAAAUGGUGUAAAUUUAUGUAGCUAAUGAAUAUCCUGGAAAUUAUCAUAAUUAUUUUGAGACAAUAUACUUAUUUAUCAUUUUCAAUUUUGUUCAAAGUGAUUAUAUCCAAAAAAUUUCAAUAACUGUCCAAUAAUUGAAAGGAUAGCAUUUGGGGUAAAAAGCCCCCAUGUUGCAGGGGCUAAAGGCCCCCAUAAAACACAUUGUUUUUCUUAAGUGGGGUGAAUAGAUUUGAUAAGAAAAAUGUUCAAAGUGGGCUCACAUUGACUGAUCCAAUCACAAUGGAGAUUAAUUUGUUUAUAGAAUACUUACGAUGUAAUCAAAUGUCAAAUGUUAUUGAAAUGACCAAAAAAGUAUGCAUCCUUUUCUGAAGUAGUUAUUUUGAGUAAGCAUUAUCUUCAUUUGUAACUAAAACCAGCACCUUGUUGUCUCAAAUGUAUUUGUAUAAGUUGCCAAACUGUGCACUACUACCUUUGCCCCGGUACAGUGUGUACACUAUACACUAUAUCACCUUUUGUACAAAAGAUUAAACAUGGUCAAUGUCACAAAUUUUCUUUUAUUUGAUUAGUGACCUGCAAAUAAUGCACUAUCCUUAAUAUUCCACCUUAAUUUUACAUCAUAUUAUUUAUUUGUUUACAUUUGUCAAAUUCCUUAAACUUUCUGUUUAGUUCCAGAAAAAAAAAAAGUGUAGUCUUGAGACUUUUUGGAUCCCUCUAUAAAUCUUGACAAAAAUAUUGAAAAAUGGGUAGUUCAUCUGUCUGCGUUAAUGGAAAAGCAUGCUCCUAAGUUGCUGGCAUGACUAGUAGAGCUAAUAUUGAGUUUUAUAUUGUAGUGAACUGGUGCUGUGUAGCUUUUUCCCCUUUGUAACAUGAAUGUUCUG